AAAGAUCGACACGUGGAAGACCUUGAGGGUUCAUUGCCAAUGCUGAUGAUCGAUAUUUUGCCUACUAUAGUUACUAGAAAAACACCAAAACGUCAUUCAACGAUACGACUAGAACCUAUACAGAUAGCGUCCAGAAUUGUAAAGUGAAAUCCUAUUAUUGAAAAGAUACAAUAUAAAUUUAAAUAGCUUUGUGCAAUUUUAAGAAUAUCUUUUAUUUUAAAAGUGGGAAUUGCAGCAAUUGCUAAACUAUAUCUCAUUCAUCUCCAAGUUUAGACAAAACAGACUCAAUCAUGAUGUGGUGGGCAGUGUGGUGCGUGGCGGUGGUGGGAGCCGGUGCGAUGGCGGCGGCCGCGCCAUCUGACGGACUGGUGCCAAUCUCCUCUGCCGACUGGGAUCAGAUCGAUGCUUCCACCACUGACGAUGAGAACAUGGGCAACGCAGUAGCACCUUUGGGCGGGCGCUACGCAGCCGCUGCUCCCUGGCUCUACUUGCUCGCUGACAUGCCAAAGGAUUCUCAGAGGUCGGAGUGGCUGGAGGGCCGGUCGCGUCCAAAGCGCAAGAUGCCGUCGCUGUCGAUCAACAACCCGAUGGAGGUGCUGCGACAACGGCUGCUGCUCGAGGUGGCGCGCAAGCAGAUGCGUGAGGCCAACCAGCGGCAGGCCGUCGUCAACCGCCUCUUCCUGCAAAACGUCGGCAAGCGAGCAUUUUGGGCGAACCAGGCUCCUUCCCGUUACGAGAACUAAUCCGCACUCCCUGAUCGCCUACCUUCUGUUUGCAAGCUACAACAGACCUGAAUAACAUUUCGUUAACACAUUAUUAUUAUAAUUUGUUUAU